AUGGGCCAAGUGAAAUCAUUUCGCUUACAAAUUUGUGCCAAAUUUGACAGGUGUGAAGUUCAAACACUCCACCAGUUCUCUUGGACUAAACCCGAAGGAGAGCGUUUGCUUGGCGCCAGGACGUCUCUCCAGGAAUGUUGGAUUUCGCAUCCUAUUGUAAAAUGUACUUACUGCAGAUCAGAAUUUCAACAAGAGAGCAAAACUAAUACAAUUUGUAAGAAGUAUGCUCAAAAUGUGAAGCAGUUUGGCAUGCCUAAGCCUUGUCAGUACUGUAACAUAAUUGCAGCAUUUAUUGGUACGAAAUGUCAGCGUUGCACAAAUUCAGAAAAGAAAUAUGGACCACCUCAGACCUGUGAACAGUGCAAACAACAAUGUGCUUUUGAUCGGAAGGAGGAAGGAAGAAGAAAGGUUGAUGGAAAGUUAUUAUGCUGGCUCUGUACUUUAUCAUACAAAAGAGUUUUACAGAAGACAAAAGAACAAAGGAAGAGCCUGGGAUCUUCGCAUUCAAAUUCAUCAUCUUCAUCUCUUACCGAGAAAGACCAGCAUCAUUCAAAACAUCACCACCAUCAUCACCAUCACCAUCGGCACAGCAGUAGCCAUCACAAAAUCAGCAAUCUGAGUCCAGAACAAGAGCAGGGACUAUGGAAACAGGGCCAUAAAUCCUCUGCAGCAAUUCAGAAUGAAACUCCAAAGAAAAAGCCCAAAUUGGAAUCUAAGCCAUCUAAUGGAGAUAGCUCUAUAAAUCAGUCAGCAGAUAGUGGGGGAACAGACAAUUUUGUCCUUAUAAGCCAACUGAAAGAAGAAGUGAUGUCACUUAAGCGUCUCUUACAGCAGAGAGACCAGACCAUUUUAGAAAAAGAUAAAAAAGUUAACUGAACUAAAGGCAGACUUUCAGUACCAAGAGGCAAACUUGAGAACAAAGAUGAACAGUAUGGAAAAAGCUCACAAAGAAACUGUGGAACAGCUUCAGGCCAAAACCAGAGAACCACUCAAACAGGUUGUAGCAUUGUGAAAGGGUAAAAAGUUUGACAAAAGUGGAAGCAUACUAACAUCUCCUUGAGAAAGUUACUGAUUUAAUGUUUCUGCUGAAAAUGUAAAUUUGAAAAAAAUUCAGUGACGCCCUUAAAUUCUGUGUAGUGGAAAAAUAUUUUUGCACACCAAAUGAAUUGGUGUGUUUCCUAUUCACUUUUGUAACUGAUAUACAACAUUUUUUAAGUUGUAAAACAUUUAAAUAAAACUUCAAUUGGUUUGAAGUAACUUUUUAAUAAUUUGAUAUCCAGGAACUUUUCUGCCAGCAAUAGUAUUAAACAGUUGUAAAGGAGUGCAUGAGUAGUGCUUUUUAUAAAAUGCAACAUGCAAUAAUAGAGUAGGUAUGGUUUUAAGAAAUCAUAGCAUCAGGGUUUUUGUUUUGAUUUUUGUUUUACACCAUGCUAAUUUCAGAUAAACAGUUUCAAUUUAGAAAUACAGAAA